GGAACCUAGGGAGGUAGGAAGACAGACAUUUCUUAUCAACCAAAGUCACGUCGAAGGUUCAAGUCCACGAGGUAUUGAUUCUCUUCAUCUAUGCCAGCCUGCACAUAGCCAUUGCAUCAGAAGUGCAGGGGUACGAGCUUCAAUUGGCUCAAGGCGUGUUACGAGUUGCCCGCAUCCAUCUUCCUUCUCACCCACGGUUCAAACGUACAAUGUGCCACACAACCAGCACUCACUCUCUAUGGAGAUGGUCACGUCGUGAUCCACAAAGGUCAGCCAGCCAUGGGUGCGCUUUCUUUACACAACAGCCUGCCUCCCCGCAGGUUUGCCUUCCUGUCAUCUCACCUUUUAAUAAGUGAGUGUUGGUUUUGAGGCGGGCGGUCCUUUCACAAAACAUUGCUCAUUUGCGACGGGCUCACAGGCGCGACCUUGAAUGAUCGCGGUCACUAAUUGGAAGAGGCUGCCUCACCUACCUACCUCCCUACCUUACUUUUAAGCUGUAGAUGCUGCUUCUCCUUGUGUGCGAGUCUGCACGACAACUCGGUGGCACAUGCGAGCCCAAGGGCCAAUUCCCGAUUCAACUGGUUGCCUCGACUUUGAUUUGCCCUCCAUUGUCAAAUCCUUCGAAGGACUUAGAGCUAGCUAUAAGCUUCUGCCACCAGCAGUUCGUCCGGUAGAACACGCGCACAUCAUCCCAUCUUCUGCAUGUAUACUCUGACUGUCUGUCAGCCGCUAAGUCUAUAUACUGCUUCGUCAAGUAUCAGUCCAAGAUGUGGCGUCGACUUGGGGCUGGCUGCUGCUUGGCAUCGGCCUCGGUGCUCGCCUUGACUGGAAUCGCGCAGGCUUAUACUCUGGAUCCCAAUUCCACAGACUCUGUCAAGAUGGUCUCUAGGCAAAUUGCAGACGACAUGAUCGACAAUUACUAUUUUGGCCACUUGCCGGGGAACCAACCUGGGUUACUACCAAAGCCAUAUUACUGGUGGGAGGGAGGUGCUCUAAUGGGCGCUCUGAUCGACUAUUGGUACUACACGGGCGACACCAAGUUCAAUAAAAUGACGACGGAAGGUCUUCUCGCCCAAGUCGGCGAAGAAAAAGAUUACAUGCCGGCAGCUCAGGCCUUCAACGAAGGCAACGAUGACCAGGGUUUCUGGGGAGUGGCAGUUAUGGCGGCAGCAGAGUACAGGUUCCCUGAUCCGCCCCCUGAUAAGCCCCAGUGGUUAGCGCUCGCGCAAGCCGUCUUUAACACGCAGGCCUCGCGCUGGGACACGGGCAACUGCAACGGCGGGCUGCGUUGGCAGGUCUACGACUGGAACAAUGGCUUCGACUACAAGAACACGAUUUCGCAGGGGUGCUUCUUCAACAUAGCAUCCAGAUUGGCGCUCUAUACGGGCAACGCAACGUAUGCUGAGUGGGCAGAUCGGGCAUGGGACUGGAUAUGGGGGAUCGGAAUCAUCGACACGGAGACGUGGUGGAUUCAGGACGGAGCCAGGAUCCCGGGAAACUGCACCAGUAUAACUCCAUACGUAUGGACAUACAACACGGGCGUCUUGAUGCACGGCGUAGCGGCCAUGUACAAUUUUACGACCGGCGCAGCACGACAGAGGUGGGCGGCCCGGCUCGAUAAGAUUGUCGACAUGUCCAAGAUCUUUUUCAACGGCACGAACAAGGACGUCAUGUCCGAAGUAGCUUGCGAGCCCGUCGGACGGUGCAACAUUGACCAACAGUCGUUCAAAGCAUACCUCUCGCGCUGGAUGGCGGCCACGACGAAAUGGGCACCCCAGACUUCUGACCGCAUCAUGCCGCUGCUAAGAUCUUCGGCGGUCGCUGCAGCACAGCAAUGCACUGGCGGCGAGAAUGGUCGCAUGUGUGGUUUGCGGUGGAUAGAUGAAGGGAGGAAUGACGGGCUGUUUGGACUAGGUCAAAUGAUGGCAGCGCUCGAGGUCGUUAUAAGCGUCAUGGCUGUCAACUCGAGCGCGCCCGUGACAGACAAUUCAGGUGGUACGUCGCGGGGUGAUCCUGGUGCCGGCGGUAGAGACAUUGGCAGGACUCGCUUCGAAGCCUUUGCGCCCAUCAACUCAGGAGAUAGGGCCGGAGCAUACGUACUUACUGUAGCCAGCCUGGUGGGUCUUUUUGCAGCCAUUGCGUUCAUGCUGUUGGAUGAGACGGAAAAGAAGUCAUGGCCGCAGCGGUGGUCAGAGCUGCGCUUAUUCAUCGUGCAUGGAGGGAGGUCCGGUGAUGGCGCGGCCGCUAUAGCAGCGGGAGGUUUGCUGCGCAAAAAAGGCCCCUCAGCGGAGGAAAAGGGCAAGGCCAUCGAUGUCGUUGAUGAGGUGCAUCGGUCUGACAGCGAUGGGAAUGGCGGGACAGCAAUCGCAGAGGCCAACAGAACCAAAAACAUCAACAGCACGCGGGUCUUGCCUAUAGAUCCGGCCUCUGUCAGAAAAGCCCCUGACAGCGGACCUGCUCCUGAACAAGGAGCAGGUUUUCGAAGGUCCGCCACUCAGCAACUUGAGAGGGCAGGGCCUACAUCGAAUAAGCGCAACUCACUCAAGAAGUCUGCGGCGCCGAGCAGUCAAAGACCGUCCAGGGUGUCUGCCUAGUGGGCGAGAGAGGGCAGGCGGCUACGCAAGAAAAAGACCCCGGGCUCGGAGGUUUGAAUGGGACAGAAACAUACGCUGUAAUGUCAGCUGAAGCCCACGAUGCAAUGACCCGCCCUUAUCUUGGAUCUUUUGGCUAUGAUCGGAAUACUGCCAGGCUAAUAACAUGAUUCUGAUAUUCCCAUCUGUUUGCAUAUUGGAAUAGCUCGUAUUUACUAAUGUUACGGGGGAACGGGAUCGAAAACGCAAUAACAACAUGAACAAAAUGCAGUACUGAAAGAUUCUUCUUUUUGGGAUAGCAUCAACAAUGAUACGAUAUAAAAAUGACACGCACAAUCACAGGCCUUCCAAUUGAAUGCCCCGUAAUCGCAUCGCCAUCUGUAU